UUACAGAAAAUUAAAAAGGUGCGGAAGAUGACUGAGGUGGAGAGAGUGCAUAAAGCAUUUAAUUCUGUGAAGCCAAAGGACAGUGUGCCUCCUCGUUUUAGGGUGUUGUACAAAUUUGCAUCGACAGUCAUGAAGGAAAGUGGAAACUCAAUACCGGUUCCAUGUGAUUUUGAAAUUUUUGGAAUUGAACGAACGAUUUAUCUACUUGAAGAGAAUGUACUUGCAUUGCUAGAGUUUAGAAUGAUUGGACAGUCUGCUAUAUCAACAUACAUGGCGUAUUUGUAUUCAUUGUUUCGGGAUACGCCGAGUAGAGAUUUGUCAGCGAUGUUUUCUUUUCUUCAUCCGUCCACGUACAAGCUCAAUGAUGAAUUUAAUGAUUAUGUUGUGCAAAGGCUGAAAGACGGAGUUCUUCGCAUGAACUUUUUGCCUUUUAACUACAAUUUGCAUUGGAUAUUGAUUGUGUUUUGGGAGUCAGAAAUUUUCAUCCUUAAUCCAUUGCCUCAUUAUCCACAUCCCCAGGACCUUGAAAAGGCUUUAAUGCGAGCAGUGAGAUCUUUUAAUGCCCAGGAAGGACGGGUAAACAAGAAUCCCAAAGUUAAAAACGUUCUAGGCUGCCCUAAACAACCAGGCGGUACAGAAUGUGGAUAUGUGGUCAUGCGUUAUAUGAAAGAUUUAGUUGCGGACGAGGAGAUGAAGCUGCUAGACAAGUGGGCUUUAAAGAGUCGCAAGACUUAUACAAGGGAGGAGCUUGACGUCGUUCGCUAUGAGACGCUUGAUUAUAUCCAAUCCAUCAUGUAGCUGCUGGUGACCGGUAGUACUUGUCUUGCAAUCUAAAAACAGCUCUAUAUAUUUCGCUUGAAUGUUUUCGGAUAUCGUAGCUAGCUAGCUAGUACAGUUAGAACUUAAAAAUCAUGGAUGAAUUAAUGUCAAGUAGUAGUAGUAGUUGAUGUUUGAUGGUUUAGUAUACUGUUGGGAUAUAUUGGUGUUAUUGAUUUUUGGAUGCUAUGGUGGAUGUUAAUUUGGAUGCUGGUGGAUGUUUGGAUGUGUAGUAGAAGUUGGUUAGGAGAAUGACAAUUGGUAUAUAUAUUUGGAGAUUGUUUGGAUGUUAA